CUGACUUUUGAUUGGAUGUGCCUGUAUCCGGACAUGCGCAGUAUGCACGGAGGAGGAGACUGUGCUAGUGCACCGGUCAGUGGCUUUGGUUGGCGCGGUGUUCGGUUAUGCUGUGAGAAUGCCAAGUUGUUUUGUUAAAUCGUGUUCCAUUUCAUGGAGAUCAGACAAAGAAAUUUUACACGUCUUUCCCCGAAAUCGUGAUCGUAUAGGUAUAUGGCUUGAGAAACUUAACAUUCAAGGACAAGAAUUUGAAUAUCUUUUAGAAAGGAUUGCAACAUCACAAAAGGGCAGAUUCAGAAUUUGCUCUCGUCAUUUCAAAGAAACGGAUUAUAAUAUCAGGGGUCCACAAAAGUUUCUGAAGAAUACAGCUUACCCUUCCUUAAAUUUGGAAAAUAUUAGUGAGUCCUCAAAUACAAGCUUACGAUUUAGCGGAGCUGAAGUUGAGCACAAUUAUCAUAAACGUCUCAGAACAGAUGGUUACCAAACGUCAGAAUCUACAACUAAUACCUCAGAAAGUAGCUCUGGAAGAAAUGUAACUGAUAUGGAAAUAAGUUCUGAGAAAAGUGAUUGUUUACAAGGUUCUUCAUCACAAAUCACUAACUGUAAUCUUGAAGAGAGCCAGUUUGUAGACUGCAUCUUGGAUUCAACAAGUGAAAGCAUCUAUUUUAAUACUGAACACAGUUUAGAUAUUCCUCUAUCACAUACCCAGCCUCAAACAAGAAAGCACUGUAAAAUUUGUCCACAUGGUCUAACAAUCCCUAGAAAUUCCAAAAUAAAGAAAAUAAAUCGAGGCAUACAGUGUGCAGAGCCAACAUUUUCUAUUGGUACACAGUGUUCUCUUGUUGAAUUGCCUCCACUAACUUUACUUCCAGUAAAGGAAACAAUUUUUUUGAAGAUUGAAAAUUUGGCACCAUCCAGUGAGGAUAUUUUACAAUCCUCUUUUAGUAAAAAUAUGUUACCAGAACACACAAGUGAUCCACCUGCCAUACAAGACAACAAGUACAGAAUGCAUCAUGAUCCAAACAUCGACAUUGUUGGAUUAACACUAAAACAAGAACAUUUAUCUGCAAAUGAUGAAACAUUAUAUCAUUUGGAUAGUUCUAUUACACCUCAAAAUAAAAUAAUUGACAAAGACACCUCUUGUAAUCCCUCCCAAAAAGUACAAGUAAAAUCUGAAGAAAUUGGGGAUGAAGAAUUGUAUGUUGAUUCUGUGGAUCCAGACCUUUCCUUUGUAUAUUUGCCACCAGAUAAAGAACGUGCAAGCAUGGCAAGACAGAAAAAGUUUUUAGUCUUUGAAGAAUGUUUAGACAAGCUACUUAUGAGUUCUCAUUGUUUGCAUGAUCCAUGCUGCACUGGGAUCAUAAUAGAGCUGAGAAAAUACAUGGUUGGGUCAGCAUUAGUAGUGUAUGCGGAGUGUAGUAACAAACACAAGUUUAAAUUGUGGAAUAGCCAACCUUUUAUAGGGCAGGUACCUGUGGGCAACUUGUUAAUUUCAUCAGCAAUCUUAUGUAGCGGAUCUAAUUUUUUCAAGAUGCAGAAUUUUUUUUCUGUAUUGGAUAUGUUAGCGAUUUCGGCAGCCACACACUACAAUAAUCAAAGAAAAUAUCUGUUUCCAACCAUUCAACAUCACUGGACCUCUCGGCGCAAAAAGAUCAUUGAAAAAAUAGGACACAAAGCUGUUGCAUUAAUUGGUGAUGGACAAUGUGAGUCACCAGGGUUUGACGCAAAAUAUUGUACUUAUACUUUAAUUGAUGCAGAAACAAAUUGCAUAAUAGAUUUUCAGGUAAAUCAGCUUCAGCCUGGACAUUCUUCUGUUACACUAGAAACACUGACUUUCGUUGAGGCCCUAGAUCGAAUUAUAGGGGAUCACAUAAAGGUAAAAGUUAUUGCCACUGACAGACCUGUUUCCAUUGGAAAAAUUAUUAGGCAGAAAUAUCCAUGCAUAAAGCAUGAAUUUGACAUAUGGCAUAUGGCCAAAUCUAUUGAAGCAAAACUUGAUGCAGCUAGUAAAAAAAGCACUUGCAGAGAAUUGUCUAGCUGGGUAUCUUUGGUCAAAAACCAUUUGUGGUGGGCAUUAAGCACUUGUCAGAAUAAUCCUACACUCCUUAAAGAGAAAUGGCUUUCUGUAAGUUAUCACUCUGCGAAUGUACAUGAAUGGACGGGUAAUACUUUGUACCAUCGAUGUUCACAUCCGCCAAUAACGGGUGAAGAAGAAAGAGUCUAUGAGUGGUUAACACCUGGUUCUGCAGCUCUACAUCAUCUCAAUUCUAUAGUUCAAGAUCAAAGACUCCUAAAGUACCUUGAGCACUUUUCUGGAUUUCUUCACACAGGAGAAGUUGAAAUAUUUCAUAGCAUGGUCCUCAAAUAUCAUUCAAAACGUUUUUUUAAUUUGGAUGCCAUGGUGGCAAGAACCCAACUGGCUGCCAUGGAUCACAACAAAAAUAUCAGUAGUCUUCAAGCAGAGAUUAGUAAACCCAAAGCGGAAUCCGAGGAAACAUUACGUUAUCAUUGUGGCUUCAGCAAAGCAAAAAAGGACUUGGUUGUGAGAAAAAUAUAUCAGGCACCCUCUCAGGAUUUUGUGAAGGAUAUAAUGUCUGAUGUAGUAGACUAUGCUGCUGGAAUUAAACGUUUUCAGUGGAAUUCUAGACAGUCAACAUGUGUAAAAACAUAGCCUUGAACAAGUGAGCUUCUCUCAAAGCAUCUCCUUUCCCUCAAAA